GAAGAAGGAGCAAAAGAGAGAGAAAGGAAGCAAAGGCUUUGAGUUUUGAGGGAGAAGAGAGAAAUGGGGUGGGGAUAGGAAGAGAGAAGAAGGUCUGGGUUUUUGGGGAGUGAUGAUGUUUAUAUAAGUUGAAGAGUUGUGAGUUUCGGGUUUUUGGGUUUCGGGUCUGGUCGGGUUAAACGGGUCGCAUGGAAGGGGUGGUCAUGCUGAGGCAGCUCAUCGGUCAGCUUCAGGAGUUCGUACAACUCUACGGCUCUCCACCUCCUCAGCCUCUUCCGCAGCUUCCCUUACUCAACUACGCCAGGUGGUGCUCCUCCACUGUUGAUGAUAGCUCUAUAGACGAUUACUACAGUUUUAUGAUGGCAACUGGAAAAUCUGCAAGUGUCCGGAUAUUAGACCCUUCCAAGCCUCCUCCUAGUAAGAGAUCUCGUAAGGAGCGAACCCAGGGUAAAUCAUCAGGAACCACUGAGCCUAUGGAACAACGUAUUUGGAAAGAUUUCCCAGAAGACCUAUAUGAAGCUGUCAUUGCAAGGCUUCCAAUUGCCACAUUUUUCCAUUUUCGCUCUGUUUGCAGGAAAUGGAAUUCCUUGCUGGACUCUGAAAGUUUCUCUCAGCAUUGUACAGAGAUCCCACAAGCUAAUCCAUGGUUUUACACCAUCACCCAUGAAAAUGUGAAUUCUGGGGCCAUGUAUGACCCUUCCUUGAAGAAGUGGCACCAUCCGACGAUUUCUUCUCUGCCAACAAAGCUGAUCGUCUUGCCAGUGGCUUCAGCAGGGGGUCUUGUUUGCUUCCUUGAUAUUGGUAAUAGAAACUUCUAUGUGUGUAACCCUCUGAAUCAAUCUUUCAAAGAGCUGCCAGCCAGGUCAGUUAAGGUCUGGUCGCGUAUUGCUGUGGGGAUGACUCUGAAUGGGAGUUCUACCAGUGGGGGCUACAAGGUAAUGUGGGUGGGUUGUGAUGGUGAGUAUGAGGUUUAUGACUCACUAAGGAACUCUUGGACUCGCCCUGGAAGCAUGCCAUCAAGUGUUAAGCUGCCAUUAUCCCUGAAUUUCCGGUCGCAGGCUGUUACAAUUGAUAGCACACUUUACUUCAUGCGGUCACGCCCUGAUGGGAUUGUGUCAUAUGAUAUGGUCACCGGGGUUUGGAAGCAGUUUAUAAUUCCCACACCACUGCAUCUGACUGACCACACACUUGCUGAAUGUGGAGGCCGGGUCAUGCUGGUGGGUUUGUUGUCAAAGAAUGCUGCUACAUGCGUGUGCAUUUGGGAGCUGCAGAAAAUGACACUUUUGUGGAAGGAGGUUGACAGAAUGCCAAAUAUAUGGUGCUUGGAGUUUUACGGCAAGCACAUUAGGAUGACUUGCCUGGGUAACAAAGGCUUACUCAUGUUGUCCUUGAGGUCGAGACAAAUUAACCGCUUGGUUACUUACAAUGUUUCGAGCAAGGAAUGGCUCAAGGUUCCUGGUUGUGUGGUGCCCCAUGGGAGGAAGCGGCAAUGGAUUGCAUGUGGCACUUCAUUUUAUCCAUGCUUGACUGCUGUGGCUUGAAUCAGUUUUCUCUGGUGGGUUUCAGCAUGUCAAGAAUGGGAAUGAAUUUUCAAUCGCAAUUGGGUUUUGUCAUGGUUGGUGCAAGCUUUCACUGCCAACUUGUUUCCAGCUAAGUUUCAUUAUUGUUGUUUUAAUAUAGACAAUUUCACGGAUCAUAUCAUUUGUUAUUUUCUUCCGUGUACAAACCUUCAACAACUAUCUUUGAAUUCUGAAGACAGUUUAGAAUGCCCUAUUGUGAAUUCAGCUAGAUAAAUGUGUUCUAAUAUGUGUUUGUUACUGGUUCAAAUG